UGGCGAAACGGUGACUUUGAACAUGAGAGUUCCCAUGCGCCUCCUCUCUGGGCAGAUGUAUGUGAGGGCACCUGGCUGCACCACUGGUCAAACCUGUGCUUCUGUUUCCUGGACAAGGUGGUUGUGAAGACGAAGACUGAAUACGAACCUGACCGCAAGAGAGGCAAAGGGCGCGUCUCCAAGAUAGCCGAGUUCACCAUCAGCGUCACCGAGAGCAUGUCCGAGAGGUUUAAGGUCUCCGUGCUGGUCUUCUUCGCCCUGGCCUUCCUCACCUGUGUCAUCUUCCUGGUCGUCUACAAGGUGUACAAGUAUGAACGCCUCUGCCCUGACGGGUUCAUCCUCAAGAACGCCCAGUGCAUCCCCGACGGCCUGGCGGCCUACUAUGCGGAGCAGGACACGCACUCCCCGGAUAAGUUCUACGCCAUCGUGAACCACUACAACCUGGCCAAGCAGAGCAUCACACGCUCGGUGUCGCCGUGGAUGUCAGUUCUGUCGGAAGAGAAGCUGUCAGAGCAGGAGACUGAAGCUGCUGAGAAAUCAGCUUAGCGAGAUGGGCAAGUUCCUCAGUGUGUCACCUGAAGGUAACAGAGGGACUUUGAGGGACAUUUCAUUAAAUAUAAUUACCGAUAAUUUAGAGGUUACUCAUUUAUGGUGCAACUGCUUCUGUUUGCUAACGCUGCUUUGCAAAUAAAACUCGCUGCAGACCACCCGUGGGCAUAAAGUCAGGUGUGGGUCAGCAUUGCUUAAAGAGCUGACACCACUUUUCAUGGUAAGGAAUCUUAAUUUAGCUGCGUUACUGGGAUUUGUUGGAUGCUGUUGAAAAUAAGUUCACACUGGAUAUGCAAGGGGUUUGGACUUGAGAUGAUAAUGCAUUUGUGGUUGCUGUGUGCAGACCUUACGCCCUAGCCGUAUCUAGAAUGUUCCCUGCUUUGCUCAGAGCGAGCUGCAUUCCACUCCCCCCCCCCAUCAGAUGGCAACAGUGCCGAGCCCGGGAUGCGCUGCAGUGGGUGGUGUAGAGGACAGAUGCCAUCAGGUCAUUGCCAGGCGAGUGCACAUCGACUGUGUGAAAGCACUGAGGUGAGGCGACUCUGGGAAGAGCUGGCCUCGGGCCCUAAGCUGCAGAAGUCCGUGUCCUGUAGGUAGUCUGUCUGCUCUGUGAUGUGCUGAAUAGGAAAGGAACCCACUGGCCCUUUUGGUCACUUCUGUUAGGAAUAAAUUUGCACCAACAGCCCUAUUAGCAGGACAGUUUUUAAAAAAUUGGCUGGGUGGGAAAAGUGAAAAUGUAAUUGCUGGUGAGCCACGGCUACUUUAGUUUUAAUUUUGUGAAUGAGAUGUAACUCCUUUGAUAUAAGAAGCAGGCAGGAAAGGCUGGGGGGUUGGGAGGGAGGGGCUGGUGUGUCACCCCACAAGUCCAAUUAUGACAUUUCAACUCGCAAUCUUUGUAAGACAAUUGUUUCAACCUGAAUCUUGACAUUAAAGUAUGUUUACAAAAUUGCCAGUUAGAUAAACUAAGUGUGUAAGAUGAUUAAAUAGAACAAAGAUAUUCAGACAUUUUCUUCCAUGUUAUUUGAAUGUGUUGUUUCUGGUGGACGUGUCAAAAGUUUUACUGUUUUUUAGUAGAUCAAAAAUAAAUGACAAAUAGUGCAAGAUCUAUUGCGAA